UGGCGCUUCAGACGACACAGUACAGACACACGGAAACUAUGAAGCCUGAGCAGACCAAGAAGUUAGAGGAACUCUGGAAUCGGGGCCUUAUGAAGGUUGAUCCUCACUGCUCCAGGCUGUCUGCCCUGAUGGACGAAGCAGUGGGGGUCGGGCUGUCUCCUGCCCAGGUCAAGACAUACAUCUACCGCAGGAGGAAGGCUACAGGCGUGACUGACUGGGAGCAGGAGGAAAUCGACAUGACGGUGCUCAUCGUCUCGACCCUCGACAAGCUGAGGGCGAGGCGGGGCACCAGCCUCCAGGACGAGGUGGAAACCAUAAUGGCUUUGACUGGUCUUCAAAAGACGGGUCCGCAGCCCAGGGCCUGGCCUUCAGAGCCGCAGGCUGACUUCUCCGAAUCCCCUCAUCUGACACCGCGGCCAGCCGGGCUGGCUAUGGCAUUUGGUCAAGAUGACUGCGGCCAGCUUGGGCUUGGCAUCGCGGAAGAAGAGGAGAGGAUUCUGCCGACCCCGGUGGUCUUACCCCCUGGUAAAACCAUCGUGGACGUGGCCGCCGGCGGUCUGCACUCGGCAUUUCUUACUGCCGAGGGAGAAGUUCUGGCUUGCGGCUUGAACGACGAGGGAGAAUUGGCCAGGCCCAACGCAGGUGAAGAGGACUGCCGGACGGUGGCCUCCGUGUCCCUUGGCCCACCCAUGGUCGCGGCUCAGGUGUCCUGCGGCGACAGUUUUACUGCUGUCCUGGACACCUCGGGCCGCGUGUUCUGGGCAGGGCAGCUGAGGGACGCAGGCGGGGUAUUCCACGACAUCGGGCCCCGCUUGCAGGAGGUCCCCCUGUGGGCACCAGCGACCAAGAUCGCAGCUGGUGCUCACCAUCUGGCAGUCCUCGUCGGCAAUUCCAUCGCCACCUGCGGGUCUGCGGACCGAGGGCAACUUGGCAGGGUCAGGGAGCGACGUGCCCUGAAAAGAUCAUCUCGGGAGUUGUCCCUGACCGCAUCCCCCUGGACCACAGCCUCCCAGUUCAUUGACGUCUGCUGCGGUACUUACAGCACCAUCGGACUGACCGCAGCAGACGACAUCUGGGGCUGUGGGAACAACCACUUGUACCAGCUGGGAGAGGGCCCACGGACCAUCUGGAUGUCCCGAAAGUUGGAAGCCCUCUCCCAGAAGAACCUGGUACAAGUGGCCUUGGGGGACGACCACGCUGUUGCCCUCAGCUCCUCGGGAGCCGUCUUUUGCUGGGGUGACGGCUACAGCGGACAGGCUGGAACGGGAGUCAUCUCCAAACAACCUAUCGACUCCCCCCGGCCUGUUCCCGGCCUGCCGAAUAACAUCAGGCAGGUCGCAGCCGGCCCCAGCGCCACCUACAUCGGCUACAGAUAG